AUGAUAGGAGGAUGGGUAGAAGAAGCAGAGAAGAAAUAUCCACUUUCGACAUCUACCAAUUACAUGGACCGAUCUACAUUCCUACAAGAGAAAGUUCGAGAUUAUGUUCAGCUCUGGGGGAAGUGGAAGAAUCAUAGGGGAUACCCAUACGGUGACUUGCGGAACAAGCUUGAAGGUUACCUGUGGCCAGGGCAAUAUAGCAAAUAUAGGAAUUAUUGUCGCGAAUCUGAGGGUAAAAUUCUCUUGACGUAUCUUAUAUAUGGCCUUAGUGCAGAAGCUGACAUGGUUUAA